AUGCCAAAUUUGACAUUUGACGGCACCGCCAAGCAAUAUGGAACCAUAGAUAGUGCCACUCUUAUUACUGAGAGUAGUUACUUUGUGGGUGCUAAUCUCAAUAUAGUGAACCUUGCUCCUAGGCAGACGGAAAAUGGUAGGAGCACAAGUCGUUGCUUUGAGAGUCUCCGUGACAGUGCGCUUUCUAUAACGCAAGAUCAUCAACUUCAGGACACUUUGUGUGAUGACAGGGCAACCAUUUCUUUAAGGAUUGCCAUAUUCAUGGCUUUAUUGAUUUCAUUUUCUGAGCGGGACAUCUUUAUAUCUCGGAGAUCCGAAGAAGAUCCAGAGAUGGCGAUAAUUACAAGACAAGCGAGAGAAAGUUCAUCGGAGGAUACGGGUUAUUCUUUUCGUGCAUGGGAGGAUUACCGGAACAGCAAAGGACAUUUUUUUGGGAAGGGCUUGGAAGAGCAGUCCAAGAGUUGUUUAUUCUUAUACUGA